AUGGCCCCAAACAGAAAUGCAGACCUGGGGCGUAAAUAUCUUACUUCAACAUCAACCAAUAACCAAGUUGAUUGUCAAUACUGUAACAGGUCAUUCUUAGCACAUGGGAUCAAAUCUCAUGAACAGAGUUGUUUGAGACGAUGGGAUAAGAAGAAUGCCAAUAAAAAUUUUGCAGCACUUGCAGUGCAUGCAGUAGAGAAGGAACUUCAAAGGAAAGCGGCACAUCGAGAGAAACAGUGGAAUCAUAGGAAGCAGACAAUGGCUUCUGCUGCUGCUGUGUUGGUCCCUUCGGGAUCGGCCCUGGAUGACACAGAGUCCUUGCCCGCUCAAGAUCAGCAACCUGACGACUUUACUGUGCAUCCAUGGUCUGAAGAUGGUUCAGAUCUCAUUGAUACAAUGAGCAUCAGUGGAGAUGCACACCAACGUUCGGCAUCAGAUACAAGCAUGGGCACCACACCUAUUCCAAAUAUGCUGUCAUCACUCCCAACUGUGCCUUCAGCUCGCUCCAAUCUUGACACUUUCAAGACAGAGUACCACCCGCACAGUGGCCGCACGACUUCUGUGGAGAUAUUCUCCACUUUUGGACGCAAAGAGCAUCCACAGCUGCCCAUCAUCGACGAACAACCCUGGCAGCCCUUCACUUGUCAUGUGGACUUCGAGUUUGCCGAGCUUGCACAUGGAGCUGCUUUGAACAAAAAUCAGACAGAUGAGCAUUGCAGCUCAUCUGGAGGAUUGCGGAUGGCCAAACGAAAUUCACUUUCAAUACACGCUAUGAGCGCUUUGUACAUGAACCUUGGACUGCAGAUAGGUGGUGGAAUGUACAAUCAUCUUUGCCCGAAAAUGAUAAAACACAUCUCUCUUCUGCUGGCAUGGUUAAGGCAUACCCGGUCUUCGCUCGAUGUGGAAACUUGCCUGUUGGUAUCAGAAAUACCGAUGGGCUCGAUGGUACCUGAUGACUCCAAGGAGGAUGGCAAACUCAUGUACGUCAAUCUCAAACGGGUUGUAUGGCACAAGUCAUUCCUCAAGCUACUCGAAAAUAUUAUAAUCUAUGCUGAGAUGGGGGACCAUGCAGCUGGAGAAAAGGCACUCAAAGAACAGGGCCUGCAGCCUGUUAAGAACGUCUUUUGGAGUGUCCCAAAUUCCGAUCCUCAUGACACAAUUUCACAGGACCACUUGCACAUCUAUCACAUGGGUCAAUGGAAACAUUUGUUUGGUGAACUCAAACGGUGCAUCGCGGCCCUUGGACGCAGCGCUGAGAAACAAAUGGAUGACCAAUUCGAUGCCUUCCCGCUGUAG